CCGCUCUGAUUGGAGGAAGCGGUGGUCACUCAUCAACGGUCCACGGGAACAACUGCUGUACAUGGCCGAAGAUUUACGACUGUUCCAGCUACUUUUAGGCCGGAUUUAAAACGGACACAGGGUCUCCGCUUCUGGUGCUUCGGAUGUCCAAGUACAGACUCUUUCUGCUGAGGCAUGGGGAGGGGGCCUGGAACAAAGAGAACCGGUUCUGCAGCUGGGUGGACCAGAAGCUGAGCGAGGAUGGGGUGAAGGAGGCCCGGGACUGUGGAAGACUCCUAAAGGAGCAGGGCUACAAGUUUGACUUGGUAUUCACCUCCAUACUCAGCCGCUCUGUUCACACGGCGUGGUUGGUGCUGGAGGCCAUGGGUCAGGAGUGGGUCCCCGUGGUCAAGUCCUGGAGGCUGAACGAGCGCCACUACGGCGCCCUGAUCGGCCUGAACCGGGCACAGAUGGCCCUGCAGCACGGAGAGGAGAAAGUGAAGUUGUGGAGACGGAGCUAUAAUAUCACUCCCCCUCCAAUGGAUGAAUCCCACCCUUACUUCCCGGAGAUCUACAACGACCGCAGGUACACCACUUGUGACGUGCCGAAGGAGAAGCUCCCCCGGGCGGAGAGCCUGAAGGAGGUCUUGGACCGGCUGCUGCCAUACUGGGACAGCGCUGUGGUGCCAGAGAUUCGGAAAGGCAGGACUGUGCUCAUUUCUGCUCAUGGAAACAGCUGCAGAGCCCUGCUGAAACAUCUGGAAGGAAUAUCCGAUGAGGAUAUUGUCAGCGUGACUUUACCUACAGGGAUACCUGUGCUGCUUGAGCUGGAUGAAAACCUCAAGCCUGUGAAACCUCGACAGCUCCUGGGAGACCAGGCAAAGAUUCAGGUGGCAAUUAAAAAGGUGGAGGACCAGGGAAAAGCCAAACAAUCUACUUGAACACAUUAAUGGCUGUAAGAUUUAACCUAGCUCGGUUCUGGUUGCCUGUACGCACUUUUCUUAGCCACAGGCACAGUGGGCAUUGGUGAGAAGAUGCAAAUAAUAAUAAUAAUAAUAAUAAAGAUGUAUGACAUCUUACAAAAACAGCACAUUGUUAAUAUGAUUUAAAGGAAGAGGUGACAUUUCUGUGUAUGUGUGGUUGUGAGUGACAGGUCAGACGGAUGGCAGGAGACGGUACUGUACUGCCGUUGUUUCAGUGUUGCGUUGGAUUUUGUCUAAGAUGGGUUGUUUAAGCUAACUGUUACCACGUAUGCCUGUAUGGUGACCCUAAAGUGUUGGUUUAUUUAUUUACCUAGUUACUCAACCUUGUAGAUCAACUGUAAUGUGAUGAAGUGGAGAAAUGUUCCAUUUUGUCCUACAGGGAGAGAGGAGAAGGGGAUGUUACUUUUCUGUUACACUGAUGAGCUUUAGGAAUAUUCCCCUGGAUUUAAACAUGUGCCUUCAGAGUUAACGUAUCGCUCAAAUUCAGCAGCUUAAAAAAAAAAAAGAAAAAAAUCCAAAAAGCACUCCAUCGACAAACCUUACCUCUUCAUUCCAAGUGACCCCAUGAAAAGCUGUAAAUAUGCGAAAUCAUUGAAUUCGUCUUCUGUCACAGUUUCUUGUACUGUUAAAUAGGAAGAGGAAGCGACAUAGCAGAAGUUGUUUGGCCAUGUGGUCGACAGAGCACAACCGUGACGAAACAGGUUGAGUUGAAAACACUGGUAAUCUGGUGAUAACUGUAUUUUUGCUUUGCACUUUUGGGGGAGAUUUUAGGAGUUUUUAAAAUGAAUCCCCCUUUCUAAUUAAAUACAACUGUGAAUUGUGAAUCCCAUUACUAAAUUCAUAAGUGUGUCACGUCAUAUUGCUUACGUCAUUUUGAUAACCUGCGUGAAAUUGGGCACAAAUCCCGCUUUGAGUCUCACUUCCCGUCUUCUACUGCCAUCUGAUGUUACUACUGUGUGUGGCUUUGGCUACAUCAUUGUCUGCUGUAUUGUGUGUCUCCUAGUUGAAGAUGUACAGCACUGUGCAUCAUUUGACUUGUGUUUUUAUGUCUUCUUUCUCUGCCACUUUUAUUUUGUACACUUGUCUGUUAGGUCAACAGGAGGAGAUCUGCUAAGCUAAGCAUUUGUAGCCACUAAGGAAAACGUUGAUAUAUUUGCAAUUUCAUGGAUUACUUAAUGUCUUCCCUGCUGUUCACACCUUACCCAAUGAGAGCUUGUAUGAUGAAAUAAAAGGACAUUUUACUUUUCCCGAAA